AAUGAAUAAUGCUAAAAUCGUUGAUCAAGUGGAUAAUGCUCAAAUUAAUCUUUUCCCUACUCCUCCUUAAAUUCCAACUAACUAAGAUGACGAAAUCAUAGACUAAUUGCUAAAAUAAGAUUAUUAAUAAUAGUAGAAUUUUAAUUUAUCUAGAAAAGAGAACCCUUAAUUUGAUAAGUACUAUUAAAAGAGAACCAGUCUAAUCAAUAAUACGGAAUUGAAUGAACUUGAGCCAUAUAUUAAACUUACUGUAGGCGCAAACUCACCCACACAUUUACCAGUUUACUACUUCAUAAAUUAGCAAGGGUAAUUUAACACAGAAUUUGUAGUCUUAUUGGCUCUCCUAAAACUGCUAACUCUGAAGACAUCAUUAUAGGAAGAUCUCAUGUUAGAUAAGUCAAUCCUCUUGAUAUAAGUUAUUCUAUUAUAUUAUAUUAUUUUUAGUCCUUCAAAUGAAAAGAUUAAUUUCAAAAGUUCAUUGUAAAUUAAUUUGCUAGGAUUAUUUUAGACAAGAAUUUAUACUUAAACUUAUCUAUACAUUAGUAUUAUAUAGAAUUAGAACUUAAUCCAAUUUUCCAUUGCCUCAAAGAGCUCGAUUUAUCAUUUCUUAAUUUUUAGAGUACUCUGAUUUCCCUAUUUUAGUCAACCAAGACAUGUUUAUAUCUAAGAUUUAGGUAGUUUAAGUGGAACUUCAUUGUAACUAAAAAAUACAACUCCCUGUAUCAUGAAAUAAGAUCAAAUGUAUUCUUUUGGUGCCAAUUACCAUUUUAUAGUUAAAUUUUGUUAAUCUUUUAAUGAAGGAGGAAAAGAUAUAGAUGAUCAAUUCUUUCAGCUAUUAAAACAAUUAUAUAUCUUAAAAAAGCCUAAACUUAGAUUUUAUUUUGGAGACCCAAAUAUGCUUUAGAAACUUUUCAAUAUAAUUUAAUAAGGAUCUAUUGAAGAUUCUUAUAAUAAAACUAAUCAAGAAUAAGUAUAUGAUAAACUCAAAGAAUACAAAGUGGCUAUUAUUAAUAUCGGAUUAAAUCAAUAGCGCAAAAGAAUUUCAUUCUCUCAAACCCUUUAUUUUCAUUUAGAAAAUGAGGAUUCCUAUGAAAUUACUAUCGGAAGAUCAAAUGAAAACUCUUACAAAAUCAGAUCUGAUACAAUUUCAAGGAAAUAAUGUAGGUUUCAAUAUUUGAAAAGGUAAUUUUGACAAUUAUUAAAGUCUGAAAGCAUGGGGCGUUUUUGAUGGAACUAAAGAUAAUUCUUCUCUAAAUGGCACUUGGAUUUAAUUAUAAACUGUACAAUAAAUGAAUAAACAAGAAGAAUCAAAUUUAAUAGAAGUAAAAAACAAUGCAGUUUUUAAAGUAGGGAGUAUUUAACUGAAAAUUGAAAUGAUUAAAGGAAAGUAAGAACUUAAAUUAUUUUAAAGCAAUAUCAAUUAAACAAAGACUAAAUGA